AUGGCGUUCAGCAAGCUCGCGGAAGAACAUCAUUUCAGAUCUCUUCAAUUCUCCUCUACCCAUACGUAUAUGAAUUCACCGACCAAUCGUAUCACAGUCAUGUCAGCCAAUGACGAUGAUGUUGACUACUUUGAUCUGAGCUUUCCGGAGUCGGCUGGGAAGAGUGGUAAUUACUUCCGUCGCGUUGUUAAAAUCCGUAUUCCCAUCGCCAAGGCCCAGGUCUUCUGGAACGGUGAGGGAUCUCUAAAGUAUGAGUUUGUUGUCAAGACCGAUUCGAGGUUUGCUCAGUACAUGAUCAAACAGGAUGAUGGGACGUUCGCGCCAGUCACCCAUCCAGACUAUCCAGAUAAGGACGAGGCUUGGUUGGCCAAAGGGUAUCUAAAGGAUGAGACCUUCAUUGAUGAAGGUGUGUUUGUGCUCGGCGAAACCACAAUGCCAGGAGACCUGGCUCAAGUCAUGCGCGAGAUCCAACAACUCGGUGGCUCCGUCCAUACCGUUGGUGCUAGAGGCAUUGGCGAUCAGGAGGCGCUUACCGCAGUCACUAGCGUUGGUCUCGACCCUCGAAAAUUUUACGACUACUGGCGAAAGAUUGGUAGACUUGCCGAAGAAAGAGCUGAGGUGGAGAGACUCGCAGCUUCUUCGGAAGUUGCUUCUGUCGAGGUAUCCGGUGAAUACCUUGAAAUCGAUGUCGGCGUACAGGAACCUCUCCUUCCUGUUGUUGCCCCAAUGACCGCAGUCCAAGCCGUCGCUGCUACCAAGGACGAUGAAGCUUCCGUCCGUGAACCUGUCCCCUGCCACCAUGACGAUGAAGUUUCCGUCAAUGGUGGCCCUACCGACGACUCUGCUUUGGCUCUCGCGGCAAAGAAAGCCAAGAGAGCCAAGCAGAGGGCAAAGCAGAGGGCGAAGGAGAAGUUGAGGAAGGCGAAGGCCAAGAGAGACGACGGCCGUCGCACCCCAAUCGGGGUUCUUGGGACAUCUCCCAAGAAACAAACCGCCGCCGCCGCCACCACCCCGAGUUCCGGGAACUCGGAUGUCAGCGAUGCUGACAAGGAGAAUGUUUCUCCUACUAACGUCUCUCUUGGCCCCGCCAUGUAG